CCUCUUGGCCUCCUCCCUCAUGUUCAGCUAACAUCAUAUCAUGGCAGAAGCUCAGGUUGAAUCGCAGCCCUUGCUAGGUCAUGAAGACAUCGUCGUUUGGCCUAUCAUUCAUAUGAUUCGUAGGGACGUCAUGUACUACAUAGACACACCCCUGACUAUCGAGGCACUAACUGCGCCUGACUUGGCCUACACUCUCGUCCGCCCCCUAGAGGAGAAAUACAACGCGAUUCAGCGGGCUGGAAACAAAUCCAUCGUGUUUUGUUUCCUCCUUAACCGUGUCUAUUUCAUACGUGAUCAGAAGAACUUGACGACGGGGCCGCUGUCCUCCACACGCGCCAUGCUAUGCGAGAUACUUGCUAUUCGUUGCCUGAGAGACAACGGAAGCAGUAUGCUAAAACUAGCACUUGUCUUGACGACUAAAUGGCAAGUCUGGUCAGGUGCUGACCCUCGUGUCAUUGAAAUGGCAAGGGAGGAUCGCGAUGACGAACUCGAGGAACGCGUUGGCAAUGCAAUCGAGAUGGCCAUCAUAAGUAAGGCAAGGCGCUUCACCAAAAGUUCUCCAUGCCAAAAGGUUAUUGAUGCUAUCUGGAUUGGGAAAUGUGUAUACCAGGCGGAAAGUAGUCAUUCGAUAUUGUCCGAUACGUACAAACACAAGCCCAUUCAUUUCUAUGAUCCACACAAAGCACCUUUGCUGGACCAUUACCGACUCAAAGUCCCGGCUAUCCGUUCUGUCGUGGACUACUUCAACUUUCUCGUCUUAUUUAUCCUUUUUGUGAUCGCUAUUGAAUUCAACCAACCCUCGAAGAUCAACAUUCCCGAAACAUUGUUUAUGGUAUAUGGCCUAGGUUUCGCGCUGGAAAAGCUUGCAACCAUGCAGGAGCAUGGGAUCACAGUGUAUUUCAAGGGCACCUGGAAUGGCUUCGAUCUAGCAUUCGUAACGACAUACUGCGUCUACGCAUUCUUCAGACUGUAUGGCGUGUACAGGCAUAGACAUUGGGCCCAGGACCUUGGAAUGGAUUUUCUCGCUGUCAUCGCAUGCUUAAUGUUUCCACGGCUCGCCUUCGUCACACUCAAGAAUAACUUAAUGGUUUUAUCUCUACGUGCGAUGAUGAUGCAGUUUGUCGUUCUCAUGCUGAUCGCUGCAUUCUGUUUUUGCGGAUUCUUGUAUGCUCUCUGGACGUUGAGCCGGAAUCACGCCCGAUAUUCAGCAGGGACAAUUGCGUGGUGGAUGCUUGAGUUGUGGUUCGGCCUAGAUGCCAGUGGCUUCGACAAAGCCUUUGAAUUUGACUUUGUUUUCGGACCUAUCCUCAUGAUCACUUACGCAUGUCUGAGUAAUACACUAUUGCUGACUGUCCUUGUUUCUAUUCUCUCGAAUACUUUCGCGAAGAUCAAUGAGGACGCUGCAGCGGAGGCAAUGUUCAGAAGAGUCGUGUCUACGGUUGAGGGUGUGAAGGCCGACUCGUUAUUUUCAUAUCAGCCUCCGAUCAACUUACUGGCUCUUUGCAUUCUACUUCCUUCAAGCUAUGUACUAUCACCGAGGUGGUUCCACAAAGUCAACGUUUUCAUGAUCAGAGUCACGAAUUUCCCGAUCCUACUUAUAAUCGCGUGGUAUGAACGUCAGUCCAAGAAGAAUGGCUCGAUUGGGUUUUAUGAAACAAUCGCUUUUGCUGCUGAGAAAGUUUUGGCACGUCCCUUGAAGCGGAUGUCGUUCUUCGAGGGACUGGUGGGUUCAGCCAGCAAUAUUGACGUCAUCUUUGAAGUGGAAGAAGAAAUAGAUAAUAGCGCACUUGAUACUCGGGACUAUGGCGACUUUCCCUCAGUGGGCCCCAUGGCUCAAAGGCGUCCGUCUCGAAAGUCAGACCAUCAGACUUCGCUUCGUCCUACUCGUUCUCUCAAGGAAUCGCAAUCCCAGCUACAAUCUCCGCCUCGAUCACAACCUGAACCGCCAUCAAUGCAUGUCCAGCCGCCAACACCACAACAGCCCGAACCUUUAACACACCAGGCAUCCCAGUCAUCUAGCACCUCUGCUCUCCGUCGACGUGUCAAUUCACAAAUAAGUCGCGCCGAUGUGACACAAAAUAUGAGUCCACUCGCACAGGUCUUCCAACCUCUGGUAAUGGACGGCAUAAAGGAUGGAGACCCGCAGUCUAUUCCAGCACCCCUUGUUAGUUAUGGCCCGGCCAGCCGCCGCAGGCUGGCAUCAAUGCAAUCUGUGAGGCCUCCGGUCGGCUUAUCGGAUCCGAUACCUAUUGCUCAGCGCAGACCACCUUUGCCCGUGAUCAAUACGCGUCAAGAAGUAUUCGAUGGUACGGGAUCGCUCUCUGCCACCCCGGAGCAGAGCAUCCAACCGGAAACUGCUGAAGAGGCCGAAGAGAUGAGCUCUGAGAAUGGAAGUAUGGUUCAAUGGUUCAAGCGGAUGGAGCGGAUGGAGGACAGGCAGAAGCGCAUAGAGGAUCUGCUUUUGGAGCUGGUUGGACGCUCCCAGUGAGCAUAGAUGGGUUGUCAAGCUAAGGUUGUAAGCGACGCUUGACCCAAAUAACAUUGAGAAAUUGUGCAGGUUACGGUUAAUAGGAAAUCGAUGAUCACCAUUCAGACUAAGUACUAAGUAGUAAAUUAGGGCGAAUAGGUGGCCACUUGUGUUUUAGCAACAAAAUCCGGUACCAUAAUUAAUGUACUGCCCAGUUACUGGCCCUGACGAUGUUACACAAGAUGUAUAAACACCAUUCUCUCUGUUGUCUUCAGUCA